UUCCGAGUGCCACACCUGGCCCGCGCGCCAAAGCCAGGUGGAAUCUUUUUGUUCCACUGACCCCAGCUGAAAGCAUAGAUUAUGCUAAUGAAGAUAGGGGGCUUGGGUAUAAAUAUAAGGUCCAGAAUAGAGAAAUACGUCUUUCUUACUGGGGAGGAGCCGGGAGGGAGGCAUAUGUAUCAGCAUGUCGCAAGUACCCCAACAACCACGGGCGGGAGGCAUACGGGCGGCAGCGGCGGCUGUCGCGGCGGCACCACAGCAACCGAACCUGCAGGCACCACCGGCAGCGCCCCCGCCAGCCCAGGGAGGGCCUCCGGUAGCAGCAGCGGUGCAGGGCGGUCAGCAACAAGCAGCGGCGGUGGCAGCGCCUCCUGGUCAGCAGGCGGGGCCGCAAGCGGCGGGAGCAGUACCCCCAGCGCCGCAGGGACCACAAGCGGCCAUAGCAGCACCGCAGGGACCACAAGCGGCCAUAGCAGCGCCACAGGGACCACAAGCCGCCGCAGCCGCCAUACCAGCUCCUGGCGCGGUUCCGGGCGGACAGAUUCCGCAGGCAGUGGCUGCACAUAUUCCGGCGCCGCAAGCUCAGGGUGCAGCGGGAAAUGCGCCUCAGGAGGAGUUAUGGCAGUUAGUGAGGACCAUACAAACAACUGUAGAUGGAAUAUCAAGGGGGAGAAGAAGUGUCGACUCUAUCUUACAAGAUUUGAGAAGGAUUGCUGCAAGGCCUGACGAUCUGUUUGAAGCAUCUACGACACUACAACUGGUAGACGAUCUCAUAGAGGCGGCGACAAGAGAGAAACACAAAAAAUUGGAGGAGUUCCAAGCCUCGGCAGAGGAACUGAGGGAACACAGGAACAGUAGUAGGUUAAAGAGAGCUGUGAAAGAGGUGUUCUCUUCAGAAGUAGUGCGUAAAGUCAAUAAAAGAUUGGCCCCAAUUUUUGGCGAUGAUUCCAAUUCUGACACCCAAUCUAGCACUUCGGUGAUACAGGCAGCACCAGUGCAAGCUUGGCCUGUACCAGUACAGAAUGCACAGUUCCCAGGGCAGAACUUCCAGUUUCCAGUACACACACAGUUUCCGGCACAAAACUUUUCCAUGCAGAACCCACAGUUCCCGUUCCAAAAUACACAGUUUCCUCUGGCUAUGCAUAACACACAGUUUCCCAUGCAAAAUACACUUUUUCCCAUGCAAAACACACAAUACCCCAUGCAAAACACACAACUCCCCAUGCAAAAUACCCAGUUUCCCAUGCAAAGCACUAUGUUUCCGAUGCAGUACCCACAAGUUAUGCAGCAACCUCAGGGUUUGGUCUUGCCUCAGCCACAAGUUAUGUCUGUACAUAAAAGUUCUGGGAGAAGUGGUAAUAACAGGAGGUGUUACGAAUGUGGUAGUUACAACCACUUGGUGGCUAUGUGCCCACGGCUCAAGCGAUACGGUCAGUAUCAGAGAGGCUCAAAAGAAAAGCAAGUAGGAAAGUGAUGUAUUGAAGAGUGUUAGAAGGAUCUUGAACAAUGUAAUGAAGAAUUUGUUUGCUCUGCCUCAUGAUAAUUCACGCUCAAGUUGUUAUUGAUUUAGAGUUACAGAAAGAUGAUCUUUCGGCAUUAUAUGAAGUUUUCUCAUGAUAUUAGAGCCGCAUUUAUAGGUGUUGGUAAAGAUGAGUCAUGACUAUCUUUUGAAGAUUAUUAAUGAUGGUAGAGCUGAGUUUGUAGAAAGAUGAUUGUAUGAGCCUUAUUUAAAAGUUUUGUUAAUGAUCCUUAGAGCCGAGUUUACGUGAUUGGUAGAAAGAUGAUUUUGUGAGCGUUAUGUGAAGAUGUUAAUGGCGCUUAGACCUGAGUUGACAUGUGGUAAAGAUGAUUUUGUGCUUUAUAUGAAGAUUGAUGUUAAAGCGGCGUUUAUAUGUGGUCGAAUAUAGAGAGUAUUUAUAAGCCUUACAUGAAGAUAUUUGUUAAUGAUGUCUAUGAUAUAUUUGUGAUGGUAGUAACAUAUCUAUUUUUGGUAAGAUGUUUUUGAGAUAUGUUCAGUGAAAUAGUUGAUUUUUGGUGUGACCCGGAACGGACAUGGUAUGAGCGUCAAUCUGGUUUCAAAUGUUCCUACAAGAGUUGUUAAAGCCUGUAGAACAAGUGCGGUGGCUUUGUAUCAAAUCAAGUGUUGUUGAAAUUUGGUCCAGUUUGACAAAGUUGUAUAUAUUAAAGUUUGAGUAUUUUUUCAUAUACAAA